AUGGCCGCCCGCUGCUCGUCUUCGGUUCCCUUCUUUCUUCCCUUCCUCUACCCGUCUCUCGUCCGUUCCACCGCCAGAAGUGCUGCCCCUCGCAUCAGCACUGCGUUCCGACAAGUGCGCCGUCACAUGAGCGAGGCGCAACCUCCACCUCAAGCCACCAGACUCGACCCAACUCCAGAUGACUACGCGAUAUCCACGUUCGCCGACAAGGCUCAGUUGACAGUGUACGCCGGCGCCGGCGGUCACGGCUGCAUAUCUUUUCUCAGAGAGCUCUACCUGGCAGAAGGCCCGGCCAACGGCGGCGAUGGCGGGCAUGGCGGCAACAUCUACAUCCAGGCUGUGCAUGGCGAGACCUCCCUGCACAAGCUGGCGCGAAGGAGAUAUAUAAGAGCGGAACGUGGCAGACAUGGCCAGGGUAGUGCGAAGAAUGGCCGGCGGGGCGAAGAUGUCAUCCUGACUGUGCCCGUCGGGACCGUGGUCAAAGAGAUCAGUCGCGAUGACCCGGAGACGGAACAAGUCGCUCUGGUGCAGGCCGCUAGGCGGCGGGAAAUCGCUCACCGCGACUCGGAAGAGGAGGACGAUGAUCUUCCGGACUUGGAAGAUAAUCAUUUUCGGCAGAAGUGGUUGCUCUACCCAGGCAUGUCGAAAUCGGAUGCCAAAAGUAUCGAGCUGCCGAGGCUGCCUCGCCGGCAGCGCUUGUAUGCCCAGCCUGCAGCCCCAGUGCAUCUCGAUCUUUCCAAGCCUACCCAAAGGCCAAUACUGCUGGCCGCCGGCGGUGUUGGAGGCCUCGGAAACCCGCACUUUGUCUCAAAGAAGACACCAAGACCCAUGUUUGCUACCAAGGGUGAAAAGGCCAUGUCCAUGACCCUUGAGCUCGAGCUCAAGCUUCUAGCUGAUGUCGGUCUAGUCGGUCUGCCCAAUGCUGGGAAGAGCACUCUCUUGCGCGCAAUAAGCAACAGUCGAGCACGGGUGGGCUCCUGGGCCUUCACCACCCUGCAGCCCAAUAUCGGCACUGUUGUUCUGGAUAACAACAGGGGUCGUCCAAUAUUUAAGAGCUACCGAAGAGAAUCGGAUGAGAGCUCGGGGGUGGUUGGUGAAGAGGAUCCUGAGGUGGUCCAAAGGACUAGGUUCACCGUUGCCGACAUUCCUGGCUUGAUUGAGGGAGCGCACCUCGACAAAGGACUGGGUAUUGCCUUCCUCCGCCAUGUUGAGCGCGCUGGUGUUCUCGCUUUUGUGAUAGACCUGAGCGCCGGCAAUGCAGUCAAGGCCUUGAACGCCCUGUGGAACGAGGUCGGCCUAUAUGCCCAGAUGAGGGAGGACGAAGAACGGGACCGAGAGAGAGACGCGCGCAUCGAGUGGAGCGACAGCACUGACUCUAACCCAGCCUCGUCGUGGAUGCCGGGUACCAUGACUGUUGCUGACUACCCUACCCCCCCAGAGAGCGUUUCUGGGCUGCAUAUUGCAGCCAAGCCGUGGUUUGUCGUGGCUACCAAGGGAGAUCUGCCCAAUACCCAAGAAAACUUCAAGGGGCUGAGAGAGUACCUGGCUGGCAUCACACGCGGAGAUCUUCCACAUCCGAGCGGUAUCGAAGGAGCCUGGACCAAGGAUUGCGCAGCCAUCCCGGUCAGCGCGAUCAACGGCCAAGGAGUGGAUCGGAUCGUGCACUGGACUAGCAGCAAGAAAAUGGGUCGCGGAAAAUUCAGGGGAAAAGGUAGAGGUGGACGAGGCGGUGGUGGCCGCAGCGGCGGAGGAGGGCGCGAUCGACCUGGCUACACCAACUACCAAGCGAUUGUGAAGGAGCAUGAGAGGCUCGAAAGGUACUACAACGGUCUUCUCGGCCUGGACGACGGCCCUGAGAAGCAAGCCUUCUGGGAGGCGCUGAGGAGGGAGCUGCCAAACAGCUUCCGCUUCUGCGGCUCCAAGGGCCACGCCCUUGCCGUCAAGCGACUCCUGCAGACGCGAUACAUUCCGGAGAUCACAAAGAUUACUCACACCGACGGCCAAGCUGUUGAGCCUCCCAAGCCAGUCCCGUGGUAUCCCGACAAUUUGGCCUGGGACAUGACCACCCCCAAGAACAUCGUUCGGCGCUUUCCUCCCUUCGCGGCCUUCCAGAAGUUCCUCGUGUCCGAGACUUCUGUCGGCAACAUCAGCAGGCAAGAGGUGGUGAGCAUGAUCCCUCCUCUGUUGCUUGAUGUCCGGCCUGGCAUGGCUGUGCUCGACAUGUGCGCCGCCCCGGGCAGCAAGGCAGCUCAGCUCUUGGAAAUGGUUCAUCAAGGAGAGGAGGGACGUAUCCGCAAGUUCUUGCAGCAAUUUGCACGAGAGGAAGGUCUCGAGGUUCCAGAGAUUGCGGCGGCCAACGACAAUGUCGACAUGGAUGCGGAUCCUAGCGAUGACGGCAGAGCCACGGGCCUCCUGAUUGCCAACGACGCCGACUACAAGAGAAGUCACAUGCUGAUCCAUCAGCUCAAGAGGCUCUCGUCGCCCAACAUGAUCGUCACCAACCACGAUGCCACCCUUUUCCCCUCUCUACGUCUUCCGUCCGACGAUCCCAAGGCCGGCAAAUACCUCAAGUUUGAUCGGAUUCUCGCCGAUGUGCCCUGCUCGGGAGACGGUACUCUGCGGAAGAACAUUGCUGUCUGGAGGGAGUGGCAGCCCGGCAGUGCGCUGGGUCUUCACUUGACGCAGACGCGGAUUCUUGUCCGCGCCCUGCAGAUGCUCAAGCCCGGCGGCCGGGUUGUCUAUUCUACCUGCAGCAUGAACCCUGUCGAGAACGAGGCCGUUAUCGCGGCAGCCAUCGACCGGUGCGGCGGGCUCGAGAAGAUCGACAUUGUCGACUGCAGCAGCGAGCUGCCCAAGCUCCAGAGGAGACCGGGCAUGACCGAGUGGCAGGUCAUGGACAAGUCCGCGAGGUUAUGGAACAACUGGCAAGAGGUUGAGGAGUAUACCAAGGCGUCAGCAGACGGGAUCGCCCCCGGCAAGGUCCUCGACACCAUGUUUGCGCCCCCUCGAAAGGGCGACGGCACCGACAUCCCCCUCGAGCGGUGCAUGCGGGUCUAUGCCCACCUCCAGGACACUGGUGCGUUCUUCAUUACUGUUCUCGAGAAGAAGGCCGAGUUCAAGGCCAGGCCCGAGGAGAGCAGGAAAGCAGCGCCCAGCGCGCCGGUCUCGACGGGCGCUACUCCUGCCGCUGCCAAUGGGGAGAAUGGCAACGAUGCCGGGGCAGCAGCUGAGGUCAAGCCCGAGCCCUCUAUUAAGGCCGAAGAAGGAUCCAAACCCGAGCCCACUGUUAAAGCAGAGGAAGCGGAGCCCACUUCCAAGGUAGAGGCUGAUGUCAAGGCUGAGCCGCAACAGCAAGGCCAUAAGAGGCCUUUGGAAGAGGAUGAGGCCAAUGCCAGCGCUGAGAAGAAACAAAAGCUCACUGAGAGUGAGGAGGUCGGAGACAUUGUGGAACUGCGGUCAAGCAAUGGGCUCAGGAAGAAGCCCGAAGGCCCUUACGAGGAACCAUUCAAGUACAUCUCGCCAGAACACCCGGUCGUCCAGGAUGUCGUCAAGUUCUACAGCCUGUCUUCUCGAUUCCCCCGAGACCGGUUCAUGGUGCGCAACGCCUUGGGCGAGCCGGCCAAGGCUAUCUACUACACAAGCGCCCUUGCUCGGGAUGUUCUGACCGCCAACGAGGGCAAGGGCGUCAAGUUCAUCCACGGCGGAGUCAAGAUGUUCAUGAAGCAGGACUCUCCGUCUGCCGAGGUGUGCAGGUGGCGUAUCCAGUCCGAGGGCAUGCCGAUUCUCCAGGGCUACGUGGGCGCCAACCGGGUGGUCCACCUGCACAAGAAGGAGACGCUGAGGAAGCUGCUCAUCGAGAUGUUCCCCAAGAUCGACGAGGCAGAGAAGGAGGGACUCGGCGAGAUCUACGACAGGGUCAAGGAGAUCGGCAUGGGCUGCUGCGUGCUGAGGAUAGAGCCCGAGGAGGGCGAGGAGGAGAUGGAGCCGACGGUGCUGCCGCUGUGGAAGAGCUUCCACUCGCUCAACCUGAUGCUGCCCAAGGAGGACCGCUCCGCCAUGCUCCUGCGCAUCUUCAACGACACGACCCCGCUGGUGAACCACGGUCUCGGCGGCAAGAAGAAGCCCCAGGACCCGGCGGCGGAGACGGAGGGAGCGGAGGCUCCGGCGGCGAACGGCGAGGCUACUGCUGCUGCUGUCGCUGAACCAGCAGAUGACAAUGAGCAGGCCAUGAUGGACGCAGCCGAGGAUGCUCCUUCUGAAUGA